UCUAUAUCUAGUCUUCUCCAUUACAACCUCAUCACCAUUCUACAUUUUGGAGAAAUCAAUGAUGAACAAUUUCUUUAUUACGUCUUUCGUUCUCGUUGCUUGUUUCUGUGUCGUCUGGACGCGGGCUUCUGUAGUUUCGACUGGAGAUUUCAACAGGGAUUUCUUUGUGACAUGGUCUCCCAACCAUGUUAAAACAUCUGCUGAUGGCAGAAACAGAAGCCUGAUUCUUGAUAAGGAUUCAGGUUCUGGUUUUGCUUCAAAUGAUAUGUUCUUGUUUGGUCAAUUUGACAUGCAAAUUAAGUUAGUACCUGGGAACUCAGCAGGCACCGUUGUCGCAUUCUAUUUGACUUCUAACCAACCGAAUCGGGACGAGAUUGACUUUGAAUUCUUGGGAAAUGUGGCUGGGCAACCUUAUAUUCUGCAAACAAAUGUGUAUGCAAAUGGAUUUGAUGGAAGAGAGCAGAGGAUUAGGCUGUGGUUUGAUCCAACAAAGGACUUCCACACCUACUCUGUGCUAUGGAACCUUCACCAGAUUGUAUUUAUGGUGGAUUGGGUUCCAAUCAGAACAUACAGAAACCACGCAGAUAAAGGAGUUGCAUACCCAAGAUGGCAGCCCAUGGGCUUGCAGAUGAGUAUUUGGAACGGCGAUAGUUGGGCCACGAGUGGUGGCAAAGUGAAAACUGAUUGGGCUCAGGGCCCAUUCGUGGCCUCAUUCAGGAACCACAAGAUUGACGCCUGUAUUUGGAAGGGAAACCCAAGAUUUUGCCGGGCCCAAAGCCCGACAAAUUGGUGGAACAAAGACAGCUUCAGUUCUCUGAAUUGGGCGCAGAGAAGACUCUUCAGAUGGGUCAGGAAAUAUUACCUCAUCUAUGAUUAUUGUCAGGAUAAUAAGAGGUUUAAUAAUAGUCUCCCAAAGGAGUGUCUCCUUACCAAGUACUGAUUAUUAUUAUUAUUGUUGUUGUUACUUCAGCAAUGGAUUAUUGGAGUUUAAUUGCUCGAACUCGACUCAUAUGCUAAUCAUGAAUCAGUUCACUUUCA